AUGGAAGUACGUGGUCGUAUGGUCAACAAGCAACAAGUUGCCACUACUACUCGCUGGGUGAACAAGUCUACUACGGAAGCACGCUUUUCCAGUGACGAUAAUUUUUGCACCUUGACGAAUGGUGUGGAUACGGGAAUGAAAUCCAAGCGAGCUACAUGGAAUGACGUGGUAUCCGCCAAACGUAAAGACGUCUCAGUGGGUGAUGGAAAUGAUCCAUUUGCUGGCAUGAAUUCUUUGGUCGAUUAUCAACAAGAGAUUGAACGUCUCAAGACGCUGGUGCCCAAGGUUGACAAGAAGCGCGUUUCUGGAUCAUCAGCAGCAGCAUCAGUAACAGCAGCAAAGAGCAACAACAAGGGCAUGUCAUCAUUGCCGCCGCAGCAACAACAACACCAGCAACGCAAUAUGUGGUACGAUUCGUUGCCGGUAUCCACCCGAUCAAAGCCCCGCUCUCCCUCUGUCGGUCCUUCAUCCGAGCCAACCCUUUCUCAAACUUCGAGCAUUGCUUCUGAUGAUGAAGGCACUUUGGAGCCUGAAGAUCAUGGAAAACCCACUGAAAGCAUCACUGAAGAAGAAAAAGCCCGUUUCUUGGCAUUCAUGCGUAAAUGGACCGGAGGAUGUGGAUGGCAAGCUUGGAGCAGCAACAACAACCAUCCUACCUCACCUACUACUACAACAACAACUACUACUACUUCUACGACUACUACUAUUGAACCCAUCAUCACCACCGAACCAACAUCACUAUGGACUGAAAGUGCUCCUUGGGAGUGCAUCAGCACCAAACAAUCCCAUUUCAACAAUCACCACCACCACCACCAUCACACCAACGCUUUUUUUGAUUCAUAUUCUCACCAACAGCAUCAUUCUUCUUAUCCUACUCAUCAAUUAUCUCCAUCUUUUUACCAUCAUCAACAUCAACAACAGCAUCAUCAUCAACAACAACAACUCGAUCAAUCUCCUUACAAUAACCAUCCGCAACCUGUCGGCGCCGUCGGCCAACGAUACCAAUACCACGGCCCAUCAUCUCUCACCUCUACCCGCACUAUGAGCAAUAGAGGUCCUCCCUUUGGUGUCUUCGUGAUCUAA